AUGCCAGAAGUCCAUUUCUUUGCAGAGUUAAAUUCCUCCGUGAAGCUGCGCACGCCUCGGCCUUGCGUCCGUCUCUCUUCCCCCGGCCUUCCCGGCCCGGUGUGGGGCGGUGUCGCCGGCGAGACGUCUCCUUCAGCUCGUAGCUUCUUGUGUAGGGAGCUGGUGACUUUCUUACAGCACGAGCUAUGGUUUGUCUUUGCGAGGAGACCGCUUCGAUUCUCAUUGCAAGAGUUCCACGCCGUAACCGGGUUUGAAUGCGAUACUCAUAUCUCGCUUGAGGAGUUUGAAGAGUGGAAAUAUGAUGGUGGUUUCUGGAGCAAGGUUUUGAGGAGAAAAGAUGGAACAAUUACACUCUUCAGCCUGUGGACUAAGGACAAGGAAGCUGUAAAGAAGUGGAGGAAUGCAGAUCGCAUACGUCUUGUCUACUUGGCGAUCAUUCUUUGUGUGGUAUUGGCAAGAGAUGAGAAGGCUAAUAUCCCCCUGAAGUACAUCGCGGUGGUCAUGGAUCUUGACAGAGUUCGAAGGUAUCCUUGGGGAGUUGCUGCUUAUGACCUUCUCUGCAAAUCAAUAGCCAAAAAUCGUUCCCAACUGAAGGAAAAGACCACUAGCUAUGUCUUGGAUGGCUUCUCAUACGCCUUGCAGAUUUGGGCAAUGGAAGCGGUACCAAAAAUUGGGAAGCUUUGUGGAAAAAAGCUGGAUAAGGGUUUCAAGGACGGUCCUAGAUGCAUAAACUGGAUGGGAGCUGCGAAGGUGUCAUAUGAGGAGAUCAUUCGCUUGGAGGAGAUUAUUACACCCAAGGAUGACAUCUACCCAUACAUCUCAUGGACAGGAAAUUAUGAUGUUGUCAAAGCUCAGGCGUUUCGCAGAGAUGAUGAUGUGGAGGAUGAUAGAAUCAAGGUUCUGAUGGAGAUGAUAAAGAAGGGGCAUGAUUUUAGUGAGCAUGUUUGGGAAACUGAAGAAAAUGAAGUGAUUUCUUUAUCUCUCGAUGACGAAUCAGCUGUGAAUGAUGAAGCAAGCGUGACUGUUGAAGCAGUCGAGAGUAAUGACGACUUUCAGACUCCGAAAGGAUAA